AUGUUACCAUUAAUUCAUGUCCGUUUAGAAUAUACAAUCAGAAGACAGGAGUUUAUUGUUUAUUAUUCAAAAAGGCAUUUAAUCUCCUCAAAAUAAAAUGAUAAAUAUCUUACUGAAAACCUACAAGUGACACCAAACUCUCAGUUUUACAAGAAGAAAGGUUAGUGGGAUUUUCCUUUCCCUCAUUCACCCACCAGAUGUCAGUCAUCCGUCCACUAAUAGGAACUUCCAUGUUAUGAAAAGAAGAGGGGCUCAUGUUGCACAACUGCAUCGUGCACAACUCGCUCGGCGUUGCCAAACAAACAACACACGCGACAAGGGGAGCCGUCGGGUUUCUUUGGUUCGUGGUGCAGAAGUGACCGGGCUGGUUUCGGUUCCGCCCUCAGCUCGUCCCCGGUAUAAAGAGAUGUGACGCGCCGUGGACAACAACACACCCCGCCAACGCUCGUGCACGCACGCACUGAGGGAUCAGUGGAACUGCUGUCACAUCUUUGACUUAGAACAUGAUUCCAGAGCAGAGCUUUGUGUCCACCCAGAACAGGACGCAGUCUGUAGGUCUGGCUCUGGAGGAGUUGCUGGUGACGGCUCAGAAACAACACUGCCUGACCGUUGGCAUUUAUGAAUCAGCUAAACUUCUUAAUGCAGACUCGGACAGUGUGGUCCUGUGUGUUCUGGCAGCUGAUGAUGCAGACGAUGUGGCGCUGCAGAUCCACUUCACCCUGCUGCAGUCCUUCUGCUGCGACAGCGGCAUUACCAUCCUGCGGGUCUGCGGCGUUCAGCGGCUCCGGCAGCUGUUGGGUGCUGUGGAUGCCAACAGAAACCCGGCAGAGCACGGAGACCUCCACUGCAUGCUGGUUACGAACCCCGAGGCUGACCACCGCCGGCUGCAAGAGGUGGGGACCUACUGCCAGGAGAGUCUGCGUCUUGACCAGUGGGUCCCUGAACUGGUUUUGCAAGAACGCUGAAGGGUGUGGCCCCCGCACACAUCAAUGAAGACUGGAACUUUCUGGGUCCACAGGCUAAUGAACUGAGGGAUCCUGUGUUGCUCAUGCAGGGAUGUCCCGCAGGGGACUGGAACAGGCUAUCCUGAUUGAUAAGCAGGAAUCAAGUACUUCCUUUCAGCAAAUAUUGCAAAAGCCAGAUUGGAGACAGGUCUACAAAAUCUGCUUUUUGCAGGAGAUGCCAACAGAAGAGCAGAUUCACUUCCAGGCCACAUUGCUUUUACAUUGUCAGUAAAACAAAUCAAAAACAGGAGGAAACCUGUCCGCCUACACAUUUUUACCUGGAAGUGUGUGUCAAGAGGGACCGGAAUGCUGUAAACGAAACUAAGCACAGCCUGUCUUGGAAAGUUUUUGUAGAAAAGGGCUGUGUGAAUUUGUGGUAUGCUUUUACAACACCCAACUUUUUCUUUAGAAAUGACUGAGCGUGUGCCUUUUUGAAAUGAGCAGCUGAAUAUGCGCAGGAAUUGUCGCCAUGGAAACUGAAAUGGAAAUUAUGUUUAAGUCACACCGGACCACAAAAAAGUCAAUGCACAUUUGGUUAAUGUCGGCAAAUACUACAUGGUGGUCUGAAUAAUGAACUGUGUCUGCAUUGAUUGAAAAUAUCUGUAAAUUGUUGUCUUAAUGCAAGAAAACAACAAAGUGAGCGUCACUAUGAUAAGGGUGCUGCUUUGGUCACAACAUUUUAAAAUGGCUGAGUUGCCCAAAUACAGUUAGCAUUCGAAUUGAAGUAAUGGAGAAAGCAAACUUCCCAUUCCACUGCUCCUAGUCAAGAAUCCACUGGUAGGAGGGAUCUCAACAGAACAAGUUGUCUGCUUAAAUGUAGAAUUAAACAUCCCAAGCCCUUUG